AACACGUACUGCUCCUCUUCCUGUUUUGUUUUUCUGUCUCGUCUCUAGUCGGGUAGAUAUGGAAGAAUUUGCGGAGCGAGGAGACAACCACAACCUCCCCGUGAAGAAACGCGCGCUCUUCAGACACCGGAGGACCUUAUAGACCCGCCAGAACCAGCCGGGCAGCAGUAACAACCUGCCGCGGAGCUCCAGACACCCUCACUCCGCCUCCUCUCUCUGGUUCCCCCCGCCGACAUGGCUCUCAGCUCCGGCGGCUGGGCUUCUUCUCCAGCCCCGGUGCCCGCCUCGUCCCAGCAGGCUGCAGCAGCAUGCGGCGGUGGUGGGCCUGCGCUGACGCCUUGCUGCAGCACUGUUCUCAUGUCAGUCCGGGUUUCGGUGUGCCACUCCGGGAUCCGGCCGCUGUGCCUCCCCGGAGCCGGCAGCGAGGCUCUGCGGCUCCAGCUCAGCAUGGACCCGAGCCGGGCCGGAGAGUUCCGACUGGCGCUGAGAGACACGAGUGGAAACCGCAGUGUGUUUAUCGCAGAGUUUGAUCUGCGCUCGGUGCAGUACGAGGUCAAAUCCCCUCGCUGCCAUGAGAUGCGUCUCGCCGCUCCGCCCCACGACUGCAUCCGCUUCAACUUCCGCUGCGACCGCGAAGCCGAGGAGUGGGCCACAGUGGUGAUGUCAUCACUAAGAGAGGCGCAUAGAGUUGCAAAUAUUAACACAUGUGAAUCAGAUGGCAGACACAACGACACAGCAGCAGCAAUGGAGCAGUGGAGCUCAGCCUCGCUGCCGCUCACUGAGGAGCUCUGCUUGGAGCUCGCCAGGGCGAUUGAAGCAGGUGACACUCAAGCCGCUUCACAGCACGCGUCCGCUCUGGCUCGGCAAAAAGCAGCGCUGACGAUUCAGCUGUCUGAAAAGAACUACGCAGAAGGAGAGAUCAGUUUAUCCGUGGUAGUGGAGGAUGUUUCGUCGUCCUGUUGUGUCAAAGUAAAAGUCUUUCCUUACAUGACCGUGGCUGCACUCAAGCAACAGGUGUUUCUCGAGUACGGUUUCCAUCCUCGCGUGCAGCGCUGGGUGAUUGGUCAGUGCUUGUGCACUGAGCCGAGGUCGCUGGCCUCCUACGGGGUGCAGAAGGACGGUGAUACGGCGUACCUAUACCUGAUCUCCGCCCGACAAGCCCGCAUCACCCGCCAGCUGUUCCAGCAGGACCUGGAGAGCUCCCUCCUCGCCCCACCUCUCCCGCCAGGCAACGGCCCCACCUCCCAAGACUGGAGGGGUUACAGCACCCUGCCCUCGAGGCUACCCCACAACAACCAGGGGAGCACAGGUGGAGGAAGUGACAGACCAGGUGAUAUUAAAGAUGUCCUCGACAUUGAGAACCUGCAGCUGAAUGAUCAUACCAACAAAGCCAGUAAAACACAGCAGACAGAGUGGGCUUGUCCCUCUUGCACUUUCAUCAACAAGCCGUCCCGUCCAGGCUGCGAAAUCUGUGCUACAGCCAGACCUGAUGCACACAUCCAGCAGGAGAAAGGAAGGAGAGAGGAUCGAGGGGAGUCUGGUUUAAGCAGCAGCAGCUGACUGCCCAUCGUCGCUGUCAGGUUGCCAUGUCUCACUCACUUACACACACAUACACACACAAACAGAGUGAGGAUGCUAAACAACAAAAUACUCACAUGAAGACUGUCAAGUGCACUGAGAGUCCUCUGACGGCCGGAGCGAUUGAAGCACUGUAGCAUGACACAGAGCUGCACUGGUCGAGGCUCAGACGAUGAACUGCAGACAGAGAGCGUCAGCUCAACAUGACCACGACAUACAUCUGAAUUUGGCCAGACCUCUUUGUUAUUUAUUUUACAGGGUGUGUGUGUGUGUGAUGCAAAAACAACACAAACGGCCUAAUAUUUAUUUUAGGUGAGAGCGAUGUGAUGGAAGUUCUUAACCUUUUGCUCGCAGCUGAAGUCGAGGGGAAUGUCAUACUUUCAGUUUCUGCCAACUGUGAAGUGAGAGGAAAGGUGAAGCCUUGUGCAAUACCCUGUUCUGUUUGUUAGAGUGUCACCUGCCAAAAUAAUGUUGGCGGUUUUAAAAGCAAGAAAAAAAAAAGCCAUGGCUGAGAAGAGUAGGUGUGUCGCGUUUACAGGGUUGUCAAGUGCUUUUAUUUUUUUAUAACAUUGUAUGAAGUGUAUUAUUUUUAACAAGAUGCAUUGAGUAAUUGAUGUACAUUUUACCAAUUGCUCUAAUUUUACUCAAUUCCCUGUGAGCUGUGACAGCAAUGGAAUGAUCUGUUUUCAGUACAUAAUACUGUAAAAACUUGCAUUAGCUGAAUAAACAUAACGGAAAUUAAACAAAU